AGUGAUGUGGCAUCAGGGUACCGAAGCGAAACGCUUGCACCGGUCCGUUAUGUGGAUGUCUGCGUGAGACAAACCCAUGAUUCACCCCGCGCAAUCGGAGGAUUCGGCUGGGGGAGCUCUGCUGUGCUGUCGAAUGUGCCACCCGCGCUACAGCAGCAGACCCACUGUCUAGAAGGCAGACUUCUCGUCCUCGGCGCGUGUUACGCGGUAGCCAUUCCUCAGAGAUUCCGUGCUUCCACCAUCACAGCCUCCGUCUCGGUCUUCGCUUUGCCUGGUUAGCGUUUUCCGUUUCUUAAGCCCUCGCAUUUCUUGUCAAGGCACGGCGAAAGGGAAGCACGGAUACUGAAUCCCCUACCUCAGACCUCGAGAGUACCGGCAUCAUGCAACUAGGAGGAGCCGCUCCACGUUAUCAUCAUCUGACCAACAGCCAUAUCCUCGCUAUAAGCCCAACAGCUGCAGAGCUCUCCGCCUCCUUCCCGUCGCAACCAUUCAUAAAUGCCUCAUCCUUUCCGCCGCAUAUCGGGAUUUCACAUAAUAGCUGCAUAACGCGCUUCAGGCGACAGCCACGCGACGGCAAGCGACUGCCGGAAAACCUUCUGCGACAAUCUAACGACCUCAGGCAGCAUUCGCUAGAAGAUCGUCGUCGAUUCGCUCUAAGCAGCCAGCGCCUUCUUUCGGCUCUUCGUCGUUCUCGCAGCUCUCCUGACGCCGUUUCAGCAGCCGCUGCUUCCUUCGCUGAGACAGACGCUGGCUUUAAGGAGGGUUCCUCCCCAGUGAAGUUCGCGGGAAGGCCCCUCUUGAGAGAUGCCAUCAUUGUGGGCGGCGGGAUUGCCGGUCUGACGGCAGCCAUUGCUCUUCGCCAGCAGGGAGUUGACGUCCAGGUGUAUGAGAGGGCGGAAGGGCGCGAUCCAGAGAGGGUGGGGCGCAUGGUGGGCGUUCAGCCCAACGGCCUGGCGGCGCUGGCAUGCAUCGAUCGAGCCAUUGCUGACGCUCUGUCGUCUCGAGGGGCGCAUGUGCCCAGCCUGUGCCUGGUCUCGCCGUCAGGCGACCUGCUGCUAGAGUCCACCGCCCCUGCAGACGGCCGCCUCUCCAUCCGCUGGGGGCUCGUUCUGGACGUCCUCUUGAGCUUCCUGCCAGAUAGCUGCGUGCACCAGGGGUGCGAAUUCACAGGGCAGGUCCAGCAGGCCAACGGGCGGGUGAUGGCGCAUUUCACUCGCCACGGGCAGCCUUUCACUGCAGAGGCGGAUCUGCUGAUUGGCACGGACGGGGUGCGGUCGGCGGUGCGGCAGCAUGUGCUGCGGGAGGGGGAGGAGAGGGAGAGGUGGGGCGCACCCAGGGAUAGCGGCCGCACCAUGUGGCUGGGUGCUGCCCCCAGGGAAACUGUGGCCUUCCAGCACUCUCGCCCCUUCCGCACGUGCUUCACCAGGGGUGGGGGGAGGACGGCAGCAGUGGGGGACCUAGGCAGGGUGGAGAUUUUUGUCCUAUUUGUGUGUGCGGACGAGCAGGGGAGAGGGCUGACUGAACAGCAGUCCAGGGAUGGGGAGGAGGUGCGGGCGAAGCUGAGGGCGUUGUUUGACGACUGGCCCGCGUACCGGGAGGUUAUUGAGGUCGUCCCCCCUGACAUGUUUCUCGAGCGCAGAGUGCUGGACGUUCCUCUACUCCCCCGCUGGCGCAACGGACGCAUCCUCGUCUUUGGAGAUGCAGCGCACGCCGUGCCGCCAACGCUGGGGCAGGGCAGCAGCAUGGCCAUGGAGGAUGCCCUGGAGCUGGCGAGACAAGUGGUCAUGGACCACCCUUCCCUUGAGGCAGCACUGGACGCUUUUGAGGCUGAGAGGGCGCCGCGUGUGGCGUGGGUGGCAGAGGCGAGUGCAGCCGUGGCAGGCCAGGCGUACAGCAAGGACAGAGACCCCAAUGCGCCCGCAGAGGAGUCAGUCAACCCAGAAGCUGCGUUCAGCCAUGAUCGGAACACUAGUGCAAGCAGCAACGGCAGUGGUGGCAAUAGCAAUGGUAACAGUGAGGGUGAUGUCACAUACCCUAUCUCCAACUUGUACAAUUAUGAGCGCCUGCGAUCGCCCCUAUUGUCGCCGCCAUGGGCCAGUAAGAGGUGAACUGGCAGUCCUCAUGAUGGUAGAGGCGAGUGCAGCACUGGCAGUCUGGCAGGCCAGGCGUACAGCAAGCAGCGUGACCCCAAUGCGCCCGCAGAGGAGUCAGUCAACCCAGAAGCUGCGUUCAGCUGUGUUCAGGACACUUGUGCAACUAGCAAGGGCGGCGGUAACAGUGAGGGCGAUGUUACAGAUGCUAUCGAUGACUUGUACUACUAUGAGCGCCUACAAUCACCCCUACUGUCACCGCCAUGGGCCUGUAAAGGAUGAGUUAUCGCAAUGCUUGGGAUUGUUAGAGAUUAAUAAUGUGUUGGAAUUAUAAGCUAGUUUGAGUUGCUCCAAAAAACAGAUUAUAGUUGAACAAUAUUGUAGGUGUGGUUUGUGCCAGAAUACCGAGAUGAACUCUAGCAAGCGGAUACAGGGUGAUGUCAGGGUUUGGUCUUGUACUCUCUAAGAGCAUGAACCUGCCAAGCCUAA